CGCGCCCGUGUCCCGUCUCGAAGUCUCUCAGUGUUCUCACCAGUUCUCUGCUCUGUCCUGAGGAAUCCAUAGUCCUCAGUUCACAAAGCAAGUCCAUCGCAAAUCGACUUAGCAAAAGUCCGGGGCGUUUCUCAUAUCCCGUGAAAAAAGAGACCGAAAAUCGUCUGCUCUUCAGGCCGUGCCCCAAAAACCCCAUCAACUGGGAACAGAGUGUGAAUUGGGGCUAGGGUUUAGGUGAAAAAAAGUGAAUAGGGAGAAUUUGCAAGGGGCCGGGGCCAUUGGAGGUGUUCUGGGGGUGAAAUUUCACAAGUCGCCCAACCCAACAACAAGCCCUCAACAGCAAGGAUAAGGCAUAGCCACGAAUUGAAUAUUUGUGAAAAGCUCCCGUCGCCUCCUGAAGGCCUACCCCCGGUACAGUGACAUUGCAAAGCGAAUCACAUUAUCAUAGGCGAAAUUGAGAAGAAAGAGGAAAAAAAAUCAAGGGACAUAAGAAGAAUUAUAUUUUCCAAUACAAAACUUACUAAACUAAGCAUAAAGAAAUCAAGAAUUUGUUAAUAAAACUUGCUAUAAUGAGAUUGUAAAUAAAAGUAUAAAGUAAUAUUCACAAGUGAAAUUAAUAAGCGAGCUGUGAUUUGAGAAAAUAAGAAGUUCUUUUGUAUAAAUCCUAAUUUUUCUUAAGAGCGUGUGUUUGUAAUCAAGAGGGAAAAUCUACGAUUCUGUUUUUUCACACUCAACUUGCGUUCCUGUAGAAAUUCUUUUGUGUAGUGUUGUGAAUAUAAAUAAAUGGAAAUCAUACCAGAAGGGAAAAACUUUCGAUUAGUGCACGAUAAUGAGCUUCCCCAAAUUCUUGAGGUGUUGGAACACUAUUUACCGGAAUCGCUAAAGUUUCAUCAAACGGUGAAGACGUACCUGAAUAACCGAGUUUGGCAAUUUUAUUUUUACGUGUCGAAGAAUUGGCCUGCGGAGCCGAUAUGUCUGCAUUUUCCAGGAUGCACGCUAACCCCCAAUAACAGAGUGUACGAGAGUUUCGGCAUCUUUUGUCCCUCUUCGCAAUUGGAACAUGUCGAAUUGCUGCGGACAGAGGAUGUCCUGAUCGAGUGGACACAGCCUUUGUACCUGAAUUUUACGCACAUUGCCAUUAUGGAUUGCAUUGAGGAAUUCUAUUCAGCGCAAGGUAGCAUCGAUAAGCUCAUAGGUGAUAUUUAUAUCUGCAAAGGUCCACCGGAUCGUCUCGAAUUAGAAAGUUUGCCGUCCAGUGAAGUGGAAAUGCGUCCUCUUGCGCUGGAAAACGUGAAAGCCAUCCACGAUCUGUACCCGGCCAGUGAGAUUGAGUGCAUUGAGGUAUUCGAGAAGCUAGUGAAUUCUCUGCCAGGAUUCGGCAUCUUCUGCGUGGGCACGGGCGAGCUGGCUGCCUGGAUGGUACAAUCGUACUAUGGCGCCAUGUGCAGCAUGCAGACUAGGCCUGAGUUCAGGCGCAAAGGCUACGGAAUCCACUUGGCGGCAGCGCUCACGAAGCUAGUGGUGGAGCGCGGAUACAAGCCAUUUGUUGUGAUCCGACCAGAAAAUGAUGCGUCCAAAAGUCUCUACAUCAAGCUAGGCUUUGAGCGGGCCUUCGCCAGCGUCAGAGCCACUCUUAGUCCACACCAAGACAGCGUCAAUGGUAUUUCUGUGCGUGAAAAUGGGGAUCAUCUCGAGGAUAUUCAUGUGGAAUUGACGAGUGAUCUCGACAAUACAACACCACAAAGUUCAAAAGCAAACGAAGAAGGUGGAUAAGAUGGCGUGAUUGUGACCAAAAUGAUAUAUCUUCUCCAAGUCAAUAAUUUCUCCUUUUUGCCUAACCUUUUCCCUCCCUCAAAUCACGUUAAAAUGGCUUUCUUGGAAAGAGCAUAAGACGAUCUAUACUCAGACACUCUCUUGAAAACGUUUUACUAAAGAACGACUUGAUAAAAUCUAUACACAAGACAAUUUUUCGACAUCGGCUGCCAAAGGUUUUUGAAUUUAUUAAAAAGAGAUUACCAUUUUUUAAAUUUAUUAUCUAAAUUGCCUAUGUCUAUUAGAUUUAAUUUAUCAAUAAAACUGCAUUUCGGCGAAAAUUCAAUCAAAACAGACACUUAAGAAAGAUUUUACCACAGAACCAAAUUUGUUUUAUCUUUUUUCUUAGAAUACUUAUUCAAUCAAGGCAAUUGAGCGUAACCUUACAUAAAAUUUCUUAGUGAAUUCUAAAAAAAAAUCCACCACGAAUUAGAUAGCCCUGAGGGAGAAUGCAUAUUUAUCAAGAAAAUAAAAACCAAUUGAAAAAUGAAGAAAAAAAAAAUACUUUUAACAAGCAACAUAAAAAUGCUUUAGCAUUUAAGGAAAAAAAAACCUAAUAAAGUAUUUUUAAUACCAAAAUGUGUUUGAGCAAUAAAUGCUUGGAAUAUCGAGGAAAUGUUGCAAACUUUAAAAACAGAAAGGAGAAAAUAAUAUGAUUAAAAAUGUGCUUUACUUAUAGUCAUAUCUCACAAGAAUAUUAAAAAAAAAUUACUAGUGAAACACGAAAGAACACGUAAAAAGUGUAACAUGCAAUUGGAAUGGUCCAAUCGACAAGAACAUAACUUAUAAAAGAUGAAAAAUUCCAAAAAGGUGAUAGAAUUUAGGAAGGAAUAACAGUUUAGGUGGGAAAAUAUGAAACGAAAUUGUAGUUUUUUACGUUGGAACUUCUUCUCAACCUUUUACUUAUAUUUAUUGAAAAAAAGGAGUUAAAAGAGAUUUAUAACAUGAAAAUCUUGCUAGGUCUUUCGAAUUUCAGAUUAAAUUAUAUAUAUUCUAAUACUAACUGAAUAUAUUGACACUAUCUAAUGGCGCUGUAUUUUUAACAGAUUAGGUAUUUCUUGUAGAUUUUACGCCAAUAAAUUUUCUUUUAAUUUAACAACAGCAAA